GAGAACUCUUUCCACAGGAGGCAUUUUAGGCUAGAGUACAUUGGUGCACACGUCAUUCUCAAGCUACUAGUCCACCGGGUAGCUCUACGGCGGAUAGGUGUUUUUUGGUGCAAUUACGAAGCUCAAAUGUUUCCAUUAAGCAACAAUGGCAAUGACCCCAUGUCCUACAAUGACCAACAAGCUUAUAGCAUGCCCUUUUUCAGUGAUAUCAUUUCCAAUUCCAAACAAUAUGUGCCUCCUCCUUUAUCUUUUUGCCACUUGCCCUCUCCUUUUUUUGCUUAUGAUCAGCUAGAAUUAGAAGACCAUUCUAUUUUUCUCCAGCAAAACUAUGACCUUUUACUUCACCAGCAACCCUUGAGAACUGCGGCUACCAGUACUACUCCCUCUCAGAGUACUGUUGUUAAUAACAUGGUGGAUUACAACAAAAAUGACGUUAUUGAGAUAACGGAAAUCUGCAACAAGCAAUCCAACAGCAGCAAUGAUCAGAUCCCAAGAAAGAGAUCUUCUAAGAAAGAUCGACACAGCAAGAUUAACACGGCUCAAGGACCAAGAGAUCGGAGGAUGAGAUUGUCGCUCAAGGUUGCCAGAGAGUUCUUUGAUCUGCAAGACAAGCUACGCUUUGAUAAAGCAAGCAAGACUGUAGAGUGGUUACUCACACAGGCAAGAACUGAAAUCAAGAAACUAUCUAGUGGCUUCCCCGUUAUGAAUUAUAGCUGCAGUGUUGGCACCAAGAGUGCAUCUUCUACUUCUGAGUGUGAAGUGCUGUCCGAAAUCCAUAUUGACUCUACCCUUAAAGUGAGAAGUGUUUCUAAGGGUAAAUCCUCACUAUGCGUCAAGAAAGAGAGGAGGACUAGUAGAGCUUCAUCAUCACGUAAAGCUCCAUUAAACCCUUUUGCAAAGGAAUCAAGGGAGAGGGCAAGGGAGAGGGCAAGGGAGAGAACGAAAGAAAAGUUGCGGAGUCGAAGUCGAAGCCUCAAUGAAUCGAAGCUUUGUGAAUUAGAAGCAGUGAACGAUGAAUUCAAUCAAUUCGCAGGUUGUUGGAGUCCAUUCGAAACAGAUGAUCAAGAAUCUGGUACUCGCAAUAUCAAUCCUUCCUUAGAAGUCCAAAUGGCUGAAGCUGAAGUGCCAUUCUAUCAAGAGCAAGAGCAAUUAGAUACUCGUGAGGGGAUGAUUGAUGAAACCUUGGCGAAUAUGGGCAAGUGGAGUCCCUCUCUUCCCACCCAUCUGCACAAAAAUGGAAUUCCUCAAGAGAAUCAAUUCACAGACUUUCAAUAUCCUUUGUACAAAACAUGGGAUCAUGAGGCCUACAACAUUGACGGUAUGUGCUAGCAUGGAUAUUCAUCUUUCUCACCCUUGAUGUGUCAAGUGGACAAAGAUUUGAAGAAUACUAUGUAUGGCUUGUCUAUCUGUUUGGAGUGUAACAUAAAAGUUGUAUCUUUUCAUCAUGAGAUUUUCUUGUGAAGUGUUUUUUCAAUGAUUGUUAACUAGUUAAUUUUAAUUUUUUUUAAUGAAAUCAAGUGUUGUGUGUUUCUUU